AUGUCUACUUCUCAGUAUUUCCAGUCUGGCCACGCCAGUUCUAAUUCCGGCCACUCUCCUGGACUGACACUUAACUUAUCUUCCAACAAUCCCUUCCGCAACCGCGCACCAUCUCCAGCCAGCGCCGACCUUCUGUUCCCCAACAAACCAGGCUCACCUUUUGACGACCCUCCGGCACGCCCCUUAUCACGGAAUCCUUUCCUCGACCAACCCGUCGACUUAUUGUCACAACCUUUGAAGUCACCAGGCGCUAUGUCAUCUCACUCCGACUCCAAGUCUCUUUCUGCCGAGGAGAUUUUUAACUCUAUGACUCUCGACGAAAAUAACGAGCGUGCGAGGCAACAAGCCGCUCGUCGACCAUCCAAUGGCCCACCUCCGCGGCGUGACGAAAAUGCGCCACCAAAGGAUGGCAACCACCGACCUACACGGUCUCAGGAAGAAGCCAUUCGCGCCCGAAGAAUGCAGGGUUCUGGUCCCCGACCACAGCCAAGCUCACCGCAACGGCGUGGCCCAUCACGACGCCCUCGACGAAACUCGGAGUCGUCUUUAGUAGACUUUGAUGCACGCCCAAUCACAGAGGAAGAGAAGAAGAUGAUUGAGGCGGCCAGACGACGCGAAUACGAACGACAGCGUCGUGGAGACGGGAAAGAACGGAGCGAUAGAAGCGACCGCGACCGUGAACGUCGUGACCGCGGAGAGCGUAGCGAACGCGGCGAGCGCAGCGAACGUAGCGACAAGGACAAGUCAAGCCGUCCCAGUCGUAAGAUGGACAUUAUUGAUCAACUCGAUGCCACAAGCAUUUACGGGACUGGACUGUUCCAUCAUGAUGGGCCUUUUGAUGCCCUGAACCCGCACCGAAAUCGUCAAAACGCCAGACGUGCGCCAAUGCAGGCCUUCCCUAAGGAUUCGCUCAACAACUCACUUGGAGGCGCAGGGCCGCUCAACGCCCGUGCCGACCAUUCGGUUCUUAUGGGAAAUGCUACAGAGGAGGCUUUCAGAGAUUUCGCUGCCCCUACUAAAGCUCGAAAGGAGCCGCCCAUUUUUGAUGCAUCGGGUCGGGAUAAGAUUGUCCACGGCGAUGAGUCGGUUGGAUUAGGAACAUCCACAUUCCUGGAGGGCGCCCCCGCCCCCCGAAGUGCCAUUCAGCGUCACCAGGCUGAACAGGCCCAAGAGAACCUUGAGAGUGGUCUUCAGCGCAAGAAGUCGCUGGCACAGCGUAUCCGUCACAUUAACAAGGGUCCUCGCGACUACAACCAGGCAGGUCGUGCCAACGGCGACUAUUCUAGGAUCACACCGGAUGCCUAUCCCACAGCAGCUAGUACUGGCUCGGACAGGAACCCUUUUUUCACUGAAUUUGGCAAAGGGGAGGAAAACAUCAGUGUUAGGCCUCGAGAUGGGUCCAUGACAUCCAACAGCCCCCCUGGAGCCCGACGCCCCUCUGCUGGAGCAAUUCUCGAGCGACGAGCCACUACAGAUGCCCCCUCAGCCUUGGAAGAUGCCCCACCGAAGCCCUCGGGACUGAUGGGACGAAUGAAGAGCUUGAAGGGACGAAAGACUCGCCCAGAGAUUCCUAGCAACGGCCCCAGCGUUCCCGGAACGGCCGUUUAG